AUUCAGCCGUUCUGUGCACUGAGAAACAUCUUUGGAAAGACGUUGCUGUUUCAUUAAUCAGUCAAGGCAAAGCUGCUGAUAAAAAAGUUCGCCAUGAAGGCAGUAGCAAUUCUUCCGGUUCUGGUUGCGAUAGCGGUCGCUGCUCCGCAGUAUGGCCCUGCUCCACAGGCUGUAGAGCCAGCUCCUCAAGUUUCGGCUGAACAGUGGGCAUCACUUAACCCUUAUGGUAACAAUGUCAACGCUUACCCUGCCGAAGAGAGACCGCAAAUCGAAGAAAUCCAGCGACAAUGGGCCAAGUUCAUCGAGUACCUGCCUUGGCUUAAGGGACCUGCUGGUCCACCAGGCCCACCUGGUGCUCCUGGUGCUGGCGGAAGCUCUGGUGGUGGUUAUGGUGGUAGCUUUAGCCAAUCUCAACAAGCUACAGUAGUUGGGCCCCCUGGCCCACCAGGCCCACCAGGACCUGCUGGACCUAAGGGAGAAACUGGAAAUGCUGGCAAUCCCGGAACUCCCGGCAAUCCUGGACCACAAGGACCAUCUGGCCUUAAUGGAGCUCCUGGUGGACCUGGACCGGCUGGCGAACGUGGUUCAAACGGAGCCCCUGGUGCCCCUGGAGGACCUGGUUUCCCCGGAGCUAAGGGCGCUGCUGGUCUCAACGGAGCACCUGGCCUCAACGGAGCUCCUGGAGCCCCUGGCAAAGACGGUUUCAACGGAUUACCUGGAUUUGCAGGACCUAAAGGUGAACCAGGUGCACCUGGCAUAACUUUGCCCUCAAACCAACCCGGACCUGCUGGAGCCCCAGGUGCCCCUGGUAAAAAUGGAGCUCCUGGCUUCCCUGGUGGUCCUGGACCCGCCGGCCCUGUCGGACCUGCUGGCCCAGUUGGACCUGCUGGCCGACCUGGUACAAACGGAUUCCCUGGAGGCCCUGGUCCUAAAGGCGAAGCUGGAACUCCUGGUUUUCCCGGAGGCCCUGGUAAAGAUGGCCGUCCCGGUGCACCAAGCACUCAACCUGGCCCAGUUGGCCCUCAAGGACCCGCCGGACCCCCUGGCUUUAACGGUGCUCCUGGCAAAGACGGUCUCCCCGGUGGACCAGGUGCCCCAGGCAAAGAUGGACUUCCAGGCGGACCUGGUUUCCCAGGUGGACCCGGACAACCAGGCAAACCUGGAAAGGACGGUCUCAACGGAGCUCCAGGAGCACCUGGAUUCCCUGGUGGACCAGGACCUGCAGGACCUCAAGGUAAACCAGGUGCUCCUGGCUUCCCUGGCGGCCCCGGUGGCCCAGGACCAGCUGGACCUCAAGGAGGACCCGGACCACAAGGUAAACCAGGUUCACCAGGCUUCCCCGGCGGACCUGGCCCUGCUGGACCUCAGGGAGGACCCGGACCCCAAGGAGGACCUGGACCUCAGGGACCAUCUGGCACACCCGGUGGUCCAGGACCUGCUGGCCCAGCUGGCCCUGCCGGAGCAGCUGGUGCCGUGACCACAAUUCAAGCCCCAGCCUAUGAGGCUCCUGCUCAGCAACCUGCUUAUCAAGCACCAGUUGAGCAACCCGCUUACCAAGCACCAGUUGAGCAACCCGCUUACCAAGCACCGGCCCAACAGCCCGCUUACCAAGCACCGGCCCAACAGCAAUCUUGGUCGGCUCCAGUUCAAUCGUCGUGGUCGGCCCCCGCUCAGUCCUCAUUCCAGCCGUUGCAAUCCGCCUACGGACGAUAAAAACUCUCUUACUGAACUAACGGCUGAACGUCAGCGUUUGUACAUUCAAACGAACAUCUCUUAAGAAAAAACUAUAUUGCUAAUAUUCUACAUUCCUCACCGUCGCGAAAUGAUCACUUCUAUUUUCAAAGUUAAUUGAUGUAAACCGAAAAAUGUGAAGUGCUUUUUAAUAUACAAUAUGUACAACAUAA